GCAGCACUGGCGGCAACAGCUGUUUUCUGCCGGUUGUUUUAUAACAAUUUCCCUUGCACUUUCUUCGUUUGUUUUUCCGUCUGGUUUUCCAUAAUUAAAAUGUCUCUUUUAAUGCAAAGAGUGGCGAGAAUAACUCGUCAGAUCGCCCGUCCAUUGGCCGCCUCCCGCCACUUUGCUUCAGAGGUACCUGUCGGCGAUGGAGAUGAAGUUCUGGUGGAACGAUUGGAGGGAGCUCGCAAGGGAAUCUCGGUCAUUGGCCUUAACAGGCCGGCAGCCAAGAAUUCCUUCAGUCGGGGCAUGGUGGAGACCUUCACGGAGGUUCUGGACGAGAUCAAGAAGGAUAACGGAUCGAGGGUCGUCGUGCUGAGGAGUCUGACCCCGGGAAUCUUUUGUGCCGGCGCUGACUUAAAGGAGCGCAAGGGCAUGACUCCCGAAGAGGCCACCGAGUUCGUCAAGGAGCUCCGCAGCCUGCUGAUCAGCAUUGAGCAACUGCCGAUGCCCGUUAUUGCCGCCUUGGACGGUGCCGCUCUGGGUGGUGGGCUGGAAAUGGCACUGGCCUGUGACAUCCGUACCGCCGCUUCCAACACCAAAAUGGGUCUCGUGGAGACUCGACUGGCCAUCAUCCCCGGCGCCGGUGGCACUCAGAGGCUGCCUCGCAUCCUGUCGCCCGCCCUGGCCAAGGAACUGAUCUUCACGGCCCGCGUUUUCGAUGGAACCGAGGCCAAGGAUCUGGGCCUCGUCAAUCAUGUAGUGCAGCAGAACGAGACCAAGGACGCGGCCUACCAGCAGGCCCUCAAGCUGGCCGAGGAGAUUCUGCCCAACGGACCGGUGGGCGUGCGUAUGGCUAAGCUGGCCAUUGACAAGGGCAUGCAGGUGGACCUGGCCACGGGUUACUCCAUCGAGGAAAUCUGCUACUCCCAGGUGAUACCCACCAAGGACCGACUGGAGGGACUGGCCGCCUUUGCGGAGAAGCGCAAGCCCGUCUACCAGGGCGAGUAAAGGGACCGAUUCGGAGACCACUUCUAACUUUAAGCUGAAAAGUGCAUUUAUUAUUUUAUCCGCUACUCUUUGUAGAAUCCAAAAAGCCCAAGGCAAGCUCUGUUCUAUUGUUUUCACAAUAUAUAAAGCACUCGAUUGUAUCGAACUGCCAAAUAACUUGAA